UCGAACAAGGUCACUGAUGUUUGGUUCCUCCGACAAAAGUGGUUGAUGUUUGGAACCGGUAAGAAUCAAAGCGAUGAUCAAAACAUUGGGCGUGGCUUCUGCUCGCUUCUUCUUCUUCUCCAGACACCCACCAACGACUCAUAACAUCCGCUUCUCUAAGCACUCCGUAUCGGGUCGCCGGAACUUCACUAUAAUGGCCACUGGAAGCGGCGGCGGCGGCGGAGAAGAGUUCGUAAAAGGAAACGUUUAUCCAAAUGGCGUCGCUGUCAUCACUCUUGAUCGACCUAAAGCUCUCAACGCCAUGAAUCUAGAAAUGGAUUUGAAGUACAAAAGCUUGCUUGAAGAAUGGGAAUCUGAUCCCAAAGUCAAAUGUGUGAUCGUGGAAGGAAGCACUCCUCGAGCCUUUUGUGCAGGGAUGGAUAUUAAAGGAGUUGUUGCUGGUGCAGGGAUGGAUAUUAAAGGAGUUGUUGCAGAUAUCUUAGUGGACAAACACACUCCUCUUGUGCAAAAGGCGGUGAUGUGAAGCAGAUUACAACCA